AUGCCGCGCAAGACACUUCCAAAAAAGGUGCGGACCAAAGCACCGGCUGAAAGACGUGGCGACGGGCAGGCCCGUUCCACGGUAUACGAAUUUGGAGUCCGAUUCGAAAUACAAGAUGGCGAGGAACCGGAUAUUGAACUGGAAUUUGAACUUGAUGACGAGGAGGGAAUCAUGAUUGAGAUAUCGUUCGAAGGUCUUCAGAUCAGCAGUGACUCGCCCAGCCUUUGA